AUGGACACGAGCCCAACAAGCACGUCGCCUGGCUAUGGGCUUUCGAACCCGGGCGCGACAGGCCAGGCCCAGCUGAAUAGGACCUCCGUCCCAGUAUCUACCCCCCAGUCGACUGCGUCCCGGUCCUCGACAAAGGCCGGAGCUCGUCAAAUUACCCGAAAUCGCGCCAGCUACAGCUGUCAUACUUGUCGGAGGCGCAAAGUGAAAUGCGACAAGGUGCAUCCUAUUUGCGGAAAUUGCGUGAAGAACGGAACCGAAUGUAUCUACGAUGCUGCGCCACACAAAGACACCGGGUCGCGCCAUGGCCAAACAGAAGGUGGACACGGUAUCAAGCGACGGAGGGAGUCUUCGCGACCGCUGGACGAGGAUAUAGACGAUAUUGGCUCGCUUUACGGGCAUCUGAGGCAGGCUGGGUCUCCCGAGCAGAAGUACGGGUCGCAGGCGAUUGAAGCGCGGUUGGAUAAACUUACGUCGAUGAUUGAGCGGCUCAGCAAGUCCAACGGACCUUUGGAUGCGGAACAACGGCUUUUGCUGGCUCAAAAUGUCAAUCUGGAAGCCGGGAAGGGUGAAGCUCGACUGGGGAAUGGCGCGCCCGUGAAGCCUGCGGGCGCGUCUCGUCCAGAUAGCCCCCGCCGUACGGAUUCGAGUGAUGAGUUUCCGAUUCCCGCUGGCCUUGCUACUGACUUGGUGGAUCCGGUGGGUAGCUUGAAUCUGGGUCAUCUGAGCUUGGAGGAUGGAGGUCGGUCGAGAUAUGUUGGGACAACCUACUGGGCUUAUAUAUCCCAUGAGAUCAAUGAGCUCAAUCAGUUACUCAAGUACCAGAGUCGCUCGCAUCAGGACAAUACGGCUAACGAAAGCUCUGCUGACGAAAACAUGACGGAUACGAUAGCGAAAACAGCAGGUAGUCCGUGGAAGGCAGCGGUUGAUAGCCCUGGUGGAAUCUCACGGGAUCGAGUAUGUGGUGAAGAAUUCCAGAAGUCGGUGCUUUUCCCUACGGGUGAUUCCCCAUCGGUGAAAGAGAAGCAUGUCGAACCAGAAAUGCUUGAUCAUGUGCCGACGAAACGACAGAGUCAUAUCCUGUACAAAGGAUUCAUGUCUGGAAUACAUGCUAUCAGCCCAGUGAUUCAUCCCCCAACAAUCUUGAAGCUAUACAAUUCCUUCUGGGACUGGUACGAUUACAGCAGCUAUUCUGGGGAUCCUUGCCCGGAUCCUUCGUUUAUUCCGCUGCUUUACGCUAUUUGGUACGGUGGGUCGGUUACAAUAUCGAUUCGGACCAUCAAGGCUGAAUUCAAUGUAUCUUCGCGAUCCGCACUUUCUAAAACUUUCAACGACGAGGUCACACGGUGGUUGACGAAGAUAUCGUUUCCGCGCAGCCCUUCGCUACAGGGUUUGGCUGCGUAUCUCCUGGUCCAAACGAUACUUUCAAAGGAGGAAGAGCCGUUAACCAGCAGUCUGUUCAUUAGUCUGGCCAUGAGAGUAGCACAGACGAUGGGCCUGCACCGAGAUCCUGCUAAAUUUGGGAUUAAACCCUAUGAAGCCGAGUAUCGGCGGCGAAUAUGGUGGCAUAUCGUACAUAUGGAUGGCGUUGUUGCUAUGUCUAGCGGGCUACCUCCCUUGGUCAGCGAUGAGAACUACUGGGAUGUCCGUGAUGCCAGCGAGGUCAAAGACACACUUCUAGGGACACCCGAGGCUGAAAAAUACGAGGAACUGGUGGCAUCCGGUAUGCGGUCUCCUGACAAUCCGGAUGAUCCAACUUUGUGCGGUGGACCAUCUAUGGUCAACGUGUAUUACUUAUCAGCCAGGGGCAAAUAUGUCAUGGCCCGCGCCGUCCGUCGGAUAUUGAAGAUUCAACUGGGCACGAAACCCGUGACGCGCAGGGAUAUGGAGGAGCUCCGAUCAAUCCUCCUCGACCUGCAACUCAAACUCAAUUCUAUAAUCGAUAGAAUCCCAGAAAUUGAAAAUUACCAGCUGUCUUCCAGCGCUGAUAACAGAUCGCUUUCGUUUUCGGUCUCUCCGGUAGAGAUGAGAACGAGCGACUUGGAACUUCCCGGAGAAGGCCCCGGUCGUUGUACGGAACAAUAUCACUCUCCUGUUCUCGUGUCUUUUCAUAAAUGGGCCAGGAUCCUGCUCUCGCUCUUUAUUGAUAAGGCGUUCUGUGUCGCCUACCAACCGUUCCUGAAGAACGCUAAGAGCCGUAUUUGGCCAGCGGCAAGACAUAGUGCUCUCCGCCAUUGCCACGGCUUUAUGGAGAAAUUCAUAUCCCUUGCCACCGACCCUGACUUUCAACCGUUUCAAUGGAGCUGGCCGGGGAACCACCAGCCAAUGCAUGCGGCUAUGAUCAUGCUCAUCGAUCUUUACGAACGGCCUUAUAGCCCCGAGGCACCCAAGUCAAGGGCAUUCAUCGACAAGAUCUUUUCACUCACCGGGCCAGAUGGCGGUGUUGUCGGCGGCGAGGACGCAUCUCAGCCCAACGGCCACUGA